GGGAAACAUGGAGGAUAAGAGGAACCAAAACGGUGCUGAAAAAGCGAACCAGGCAAUUCAGAAAACACUAUUAAUGUAUUAAUGUCGGAAGGCUAAUGGCUCAAACAUCGACUUUCUCUUGAAGCGUUUUUAAACAUUUAGCCAAAUGUCUCUGAGUGCAUCCUGUGAGUCGGUCUCUCAGAAAAGGACUCUGUCGAGCCUCCUCGCUGGUCGUGUGGUGAAGAGGCCGAAGCAGGAAGACGGUCAGCGGCUGCAGGAGGCGGCGAUCCAGCUGUUGGAGCAGCAGCAGAACCUCUGCAGUCUGCUCAGGGAGGUCGGGAAUCCAGACCUGUGCAACCUGUUCCGCACUCAGAAUGGAGAGCAGAAACAGGCAGAGCAGGAAGUCAUCUCAUCUGCUGGUGCGGGUUCACUGCUAGUGUGUGAGCUGCUGCGUCAGGCCUCGCAGCUGGGUGUCCCUGCGGCAGCGCUGGCGGUGAAGAUGGUGCUGGAGAGGCUGAUGGAGAUCACUGGAUCCGAGGAAGUGAAGGAAGAAGGGGACGAAAGGAGAGUGCUGCUCACUUUCUCUCAGCGAAGGCUACCCCAGCUGGAGGUGGUGUACCAUCUGCACUUUUAUAACAUCCUCACUCUGAAGUACAUUUUAGAGAGUGAUGAAGGAGUCCGGUUGUGGUUGGUGGCUCAGUUGAAGGCUCUGUGCAGCUGGUCACCUCCACAAGGAGAAGAAGAGACCAAACAAGUUCAACAGAAAGUUCUGUCAACUGUGGUUGGGGUCUUGGUGGGAACUGGCUUUGAGCUGAGCCAUGAGUUGGCAGCUGCAGACAGGAGGAUCUCGUUGCUGUGCUGCUCAGUGCUGGACGACAUGCUCUUCGGGCUUCUGGACACUGUGGAAGAGAGUCAGACGCCAGAGAAUGCUGGAGCAGGAGCCGAGCUAUGGAUUCAGAUAUUUGAUGCAUCAUUGUGUGGAGUUUCAGCGUCAGCAGACGCCCUUCAGCGUUUCUUCACACACUCCCUCACACAGACUCUCACUUACAAGCCUCGACUAACAGUAUCAGAUGCCAUCACUCUGCAGAAUGAGUGGACCUUCGCAAAAGCCAGUCGAUUGGUGACCUCUCUUUUCCGUAAGCUGGCUGUGAUCUUCAGUGUGGAGCAGCUGCUGUGUCACCUGCAGCAGGUUUUGGAAACCCAUGAGGUUAACUGGAAACAUGUCCUGUGUUUCCUCUCCACUCUGCUGGUUUACAGCCCCUGUGCCCAGCUUAGCCUAAGAGAGCUGCUGUCCAGACUGCUGAGUUCUGCAUUUGAAGGCUAUGACCUGGAGAACAUGAUAACUGCCUUCCUGUUGGCUCGACAGGGUGCGCUGGAGGGGCCCGGCAUCUUCCCCUCCUACAGCGACUGGUUCAAGAUGUCCUUCGGUGGAGGCAGUGGCUACCAUGCAACCAGUAAGAAAUCUCUGGUGUUUCUGCUGAAGUUCCUUUCUGACCUGGUGCCCUAUGAACCCCCACAGUAUCUGAAGGUUCACAUCCUGCACCCUCCAUACAUACCUGUGAAACACCGCAGCCUCCUGAUGGAGUAUGUCUCUCUGGCCAAGACCAGACUGGCUGACCUCAAGGAGUCAGUGGAGGACAUGGGAUUAUAUGAAGAUGUUUCUGGUACAGGUGGAGCAUCAGCACAGUGCCAGGCUUCCCAUGAUGUGGAGAAGGCAGUGUCUUUGUUUGAGAGCACAGGAAGAAUCUCUGCCACAGUCAUGGAGGCCAGUAUUUUCCGGAGGCCAUAUUUCCUGACACGAUUCCUCCCUGCUCUGCUGACACAGAGAGUGCUUCCUGUGAAAGCCGAUACUCGGAUGAGUUUCAUAGAAGCUCUGAGAAAAGCGGAUAAGAUCCCAGCUGCACAGUAUUCAUCUUAUGUGGAGGCUUGCCAGAAACAGAGGCAGCAGGACUCUGGUGCAGUGUGUUUGGACACCAAUGAUGACCCUCUGGAUGUCCUGAAGAUUCAGCUGCAGGAGUUCACAGAGCUGCUUGUUGAAGGAAAUGAAGGAGAGAUGUCAGCCCAGCUGUCCAGAAUCUCACACACUCUGAGUGUCAUCUUUCCUGGCUGUCCCGAUGAGCCAAUUGGACAGACAGUCAUCAAACUCCACAUAAACACUCCUCCGUCCCCUGAGUUUCACGUCAAAGUUGUCAACAUGAUCCUGAGAAACUUCUGCCAGUGCACGUUAGAUGCUUCCCGAGCUAACCCUCCUAACAAACAAAGCCUGUGGGCCUCCAGGUUUGUCAGUGUGCUGCUUGGUAACACACAGCUCCUCUCCAGCCUCAUACACAGACUCUGGGACCUAUUUCAUAACCAGGGGUCGUCGCUGAGCGCCGCUCACUUACUCGGCCUGGCAGCGUUUGCGGUCCACCUCCACGCCACCAUGUCCCAUGGUCCUUUAGUUCAGCUGGUCCUGCCCAUCCUGCCUAAGCCGGUACCGGUCGGAGAAGCUCUCAGCUUGGCGCUGGUCUGCAGCACUCACACCAACAUGCUCUUCUGUGUCAGGUUGUGUGUGGCGGCUGUGUGCUAUGGGAUCUGCAGAGGGGAUUCACUGCCUCAGCAACAACAGCAGGACUACAUCCCCAACAGCCUCUAUAAGAAGCUUCUGUACAUCAUCCCAAGACUGUUGCCUGAAGCCAGGAGAAUUCCCAUCACUGCUAGUGGUCCAGUCAGUGAAUACCAGGAGGAGAACCUGCCCGGCCUGUGGAGCAGUGCCAUAGACCCCAGCAGCACCUGGAGGAAGACUGCUUGGCACCUGUGGAGGCACCCUGCUUUCUGUCAGCUACAACACACACCACAGUAUCAGUUGUUGUUCUCAGAAUGGCUGGCUAAUGAGCUCAGAGUACAGAGAAGUGAGGACGCCCUGUCAGACCCAGAACGUCAGGAGUACCAGCAGUGGGCCUGCUUGGAGCUGUACCUGUCUCGUCCGGUGGAGCAGGGAGGCUGUGGAGGUGACAUGAAGAACCUCUGCUCUCAUCUGCUUAAUGCCAUCAUGGACCAGCACUUAAGUGACCAGACCCUUGAAAUGCUGGAUCACAGAGUGUCAGGAACAGGGACCUGUCUGCCAGACAUCCUGUCCAGAGUCCAGGAGCUCGUCUAUGAGAUGGAAUUGACUGACCUCUCCGGCAGCAGUAGAAGCAGAGCUGAUGUGUGUGACUUCCUGUUUGAUUUGGUGUCUGAGAGAUGCUCCUCCUCCUCCGCAACGAGCUCGGCUUCACUGAGCAUCAGCAGCCAGCUCAGCCUGCAGCACACUCUGAACACAUGGAACAGGGUGCUUCUGGCUCUCCCAGCAACGUUAUUCCUUCAAGUAAAGACUGAAGGAGGGAGGACGAGUCUGGAGUGCAACAAGCUGAUAGAGCACGUCAACCGGCAUCAGAGGAAGGCGUGUUCUACAGCCGGUUUGCUGUCCUGCCAUCUGACCGCGCACCUCCUGAGAGGCGUGUUAUGUGCCAGUGUACGCUGCGGGGGAUGCUCAGCAGAGGAAGUCAACAAAGCCUGGACUCAGAUCAGUCGACACUGUCCUCUGCUCCUGGUCUCUACAGUGCACUGGUGGGAGCGUCUGUCUCCAGUGCUGUUGUCACUGUGGCAUCGUCUAUGUGAUGGAGAGCCUCUACCAGAGCAGCUGCAGCUCCUCACUGACUGUCAGAAGUGGGCCUGCAGUGUAGAGAAGGGCUUGUCGUCACCAGCGCCUGCAGCUGCAGCUCUCCUCCUGGCUGCUAGCCUGCAUCGUGCUUGGCGAGGCCAUGGGUGCGACAACCAGGGCUUCUGUACCGCCCUGAAUAUGCUGCGACCAGAGAGGGGCAUACAGUACCGACAGGUGCUUGUUUUUCUGCUCUUCCUGUGUGUGAACGACUACCUGUCCGCACUCCUGUGUCCUCAGGAGAAGAGCCAUCAGAAAGCCUGGACUUUAUGCACAGACCUCCUGGCUGUGUUGGUGGACUCUGCUGACUGGCUGCUCAUCUUCAAAUCAAACGAUGCCUUGGGCCUUUUACAGCCUGCUGCUCCAGCUGAGUGCUGAGCUGCUGCAGAGAGCUGUGUGUUGUCCGGGGUUCCUCCAUGCUGCUGUCCUCUGCUACAUCAGUCUGCUGCAGCUCUUCCUGGAAGGACACACACCAACCACUGGACCCUCUGACAACCAGAUGGAGCCUUCCCAGGUUCUGAGCCACGCCAAGCAGUUUCUUCUGAGGGCGAUCUCACAGACGUCUCCAGCUGCUCUGUCCUCCAGCCAGAUCAGACAGCUGGAGUCCCAGUGUGCAGACCUGGACCCAGAGGUGGCAGCGGCUCUCUCCGUGCACCUCGACCCUCACAGCCUCAGCCCAGAGAUGGACUUCCUGUAAACAGCUGCAGACUGAGCUGACGUUCAGGCACAGAAACUCAGCUAAAGUGAAGUGUGAGACCCACUUUGUACAGCUGGUACUUUAUUUGUUCUGAUGUAAUCCAGCUUCACAUCUAACAAGUUCCUGUUAUUUCUGAUAUUCAUCAGAAUUCUCUUACUGUUGAGAUUUGACCAGUUUACAAGUUUAAAAUAACUGACACUCUUAGUUAAAAAAGUCUACAUUUUAUUUACAUGUC